AUGGGAACCUGCGGGAGAGAAGAGGCUGACCAUUCUUCCUCAGUAUCCACAAUGCUGACUGCCCGUCUCACCAGGCCCCUGUACCAACUCCUGGGGAGAAUUGGGUGUGUCUAUGAGAGAGGAAAUGAACCAAGACACUCCCUGCUGCUUCACGCCACUACCUCUGUCCUCACGGUUGGCCACCGGACCUUUGCUGAUGAUGCUGAGAAGUUGGAUGAACAGGUGGUCGGCAAGGCUGUCUUGGUCACCGGUUGUGACUCUGGAUUUGGCCUCUCUUUCGCCAAACAUCUGCACUCCAAGGGCUUCCUGGUAUUCGCUGGCUGUUUGAUGAAGGACAAAGGGAACAAUGGCGUCCAGGAGCUGGACAGCUUGAAGAGUGAGAGACUGAGAACCAUCCAGCUCAACGUCUGCGAGAGUGAGGAGGUGGAGAAGGCAGUGGAGAGUGUUCGUGCGGGUUUGGAGGAUCCUGAGAAAGGCCUGUGGGGCCUGGUGAACAAUGCAGGCAUUUCGACCUUCGGGGAGGUAGAAUUCACCAGCAUGGAGACCUACAAGGAGGUGGCAGAAGUGAACCUCUGGGGCACAGUGCGGACCACAAAAUCCUUUCUACCCCUCAUCCGAAGGGCCAAAGGCCGCGUGGUCAACAUCAGCAGCAUGCUGGGCCGCAUGGCCAACCCGGCGCGCUCACCCUACUGCAUCACCAAGUUCGGCGUGGAGGCCUUCUCCGACUGCCUGCGCUACGAGAUGCUCCCGCUGGGCGUGAAGGUCAGCGUGGUGGAGCCCGGCAACUUCAUCGCGGCCACAAGCCUCUACAGCCCCGAGCGCCUCCGGGCCAUCGCCCAGCAGAUGUGGGCCGAACUGCCCGAGGUGGUGCGGCAGGACUACGGCCGCGAGUACUUCGAGCAGAAGAUCCGCACCAUGCAGACCUACUGCAGCAGCGGCUCCACGGACACGUCCUCCGUGGUCGAGGCCGUCAGCCACGCCCUGACCGCCGACGCCCCCUACACCCGCUACCACCCCAUGGACUACUACUGGUGGCUUCGCAUGCAGAUCGUCACCCACUUCCCCGGAGCAGUGUCCGACCGCAUCUAUAUCCAGUGAACUGCUGAGCUUGGGGGUUGAAGGGAUGAUGUGGGACUUGGGGUCGGGCUAGGUGUAGGUGGGGUUCAGCUUCUGUCUUAACCUCUAGAGACCCAGGACAGGACGUUCAGCAGACAUUGUGCCUCCAUAGUCAUGGAACUGAUUUCCUAUAAAAAAAAAUACUUAUUAUAAAUUAGAACCCAAAUUUUUUUAGUUAUUAAGCCCAGGUAUGAACUCAAAAUAUUUUUUUCAUCUUGUUUGAUCCUUAAGGCAGCCUGGAGUACAUGAAUUUGCAGUCCAUAGAGGAUAUGCAAAUAACAUUUUUUAAUUUUUUUUGCUGCUUCAAAGUGGCCCAAGUUGCGUGUUCAUGCCAGGACAGUCGAAACAAUGCACAUUUCAGGGCUGGAUAGUCUGGGGUAAGGUGCUUGCUUCGCAUGUGGUGUUUGUUAGUUUUAUCCCCAGCACUUUCAGGAGUAAUAUCCUGAGCACAGAGCCAGGAGUAAGUCCUGAACCUUGCUAGGUUGGCCACCAAAGCAAAAAACUCAACAGAAACGCACAUUUGUUGUGCUUGUGCUUUUCUGUUCAGUUACCCGAAACUCC